UUGUUCAGAUUUCAUUGUCGUGCUUCUAAAUAAACACUUCUAGGAUAAAACAGAACUGCAGCCGUUCAACAGUCAAAACAUGUCGAAGAGAAAGAAGGCCCCACCUAAAAAGGUGGAUGAAGAGAAACGGAAUCGCCUGACAUGGAACAUGGGAGAUGGUGACAGAAGUCUUCAGAUCAUUGAAGAUGAGGACCCAUCAUUGAUAUUUGAGCUACAAAAUGACAGAACUGUCCGCGGAUGGGAUAGUCUGCUUGUACCAAACAGCAGUAAUGGUUAUAGCUCUGUGGCUCCUUCAGCUACCAGUAUAAAUGCAGCAGCUGUUCCUGUUCGUUCAAAGCAAGUUACAGAAAAAACACCUUUGGCACAUGUGGAAGACACCAAAACUACGACCAACAUGGAUGAAGACAGUCAAGACCCAGUGUCAUUGACACUAGUACUGGAACCAAAGAAAGUUUAUGAAAACUACUUGGUGUAUGAGGAUGAUGAACAUUUGAAGCAGGCCUUAAAGAGUUGCCAUGCCAUGCUGGAGGUUCAUUCAUCAAAUAGUAGUAAUUGGCAGUGCAAAGUUGGUAGCUUCAAGAUUUCUCUGUUGCAGCCAAAUGGUGUGGAGUCGAGAAUUGGUCAGUGCAUUAGUGUCCCCGAUGUUGAGAAGUUCUGGAUGUAUGGAAGUGAGAUCCCUGGCUGUAACAUUCUUUAUUAUGAAUUAAGCGCUCAACAGGAUCAGGAGAACACUGGGUUUGUUUGGAAAAAGAAAAAUCCUUUUCUGAACAGAGUGCCACCGAAGUGCCAGAGGAAAGUCCUAUAUUACCUUGCUGACACACAACUGCCAUACGAAAUCCUAGAGAUUGUACACAGUACCCCAAAUCAGAAACAUUUUCGAUUUGUUUGCGAUGGUAAUUUGGACAAGUCUGGUGAGGUCGAGGUUACCAUCUACUUGCAAGAGGCUGGUGUGUCUUCAGUGCAGCAUCCAAGUGAACCACCUAGCAGGAGCCGAGCUGUACAGGACACUUACAAGCUUGUGCAAGCCCUCAUGUCCUACUUCCAUGGUCUUGAACCACCAGUUACUGACUUCACGGGCAAACGAUUCAGUCGAAAGCACGACAUCAAAGACUUCUUCAGAAACAUCAAAGAGAUCCAUGAGAAGACCCCUCCUGAACUCCGCCUUGAUGUUCAGCAUCCUACUUUAAAACCAGUGCUUCGUCCUUAUCAGAAACAAGGUGUCCUGUGGAUGCUGCAGAAUGAGAGGUAUAAUGAUGAGGAAAAGGUUGAGGAUGAGAAGAAGGAAGCUGUGGUUCACCAGCUGUAUGAAGAGGUGACCAUGAGGGAUGGACAGCAUCUUUAUUACAACAAGAGUGGUGGAAUCUUUCUUAAGGAAAAGCCAAAGUCUAUUAUGAAUCCCCCUGGUGGUCUCCUUGCUGAUGAGAUGGGCCUCGGAAAGACCGUGGAGGUGUUAGCCUGUAUGUUACUUAAUCCAAGAAAAGACCUCAACGAACCUGGGUCACCUUGUGCUGUCAAAACGUGGGUCAAGGAUCGAGUGAUAUUGCCGAAAAAAGAGGUCGCACCAAAGGCUGAAGAUGCCAAGGCCAGAGAUCCUUUGGAUGUCGAUACUUGCGAUGUGCCACAAACGACGCGUCCGGAGAUGACACCAAUACCAGUCCCAUUGAUGAAUAAUGAUGUCACCCCUACGAGUUCUCUUCUACCAGGGGAUGGAUCCUUUUUGACAAAAGAGGUGAAGGAGAAAAACCUGCCUGCUUCUGGCUAUGAUGUAGGCUUGUUCAAGGAUUCUAGUCUUGUAAGUGGCGAUGUUGAAGUUACAACAAAACAGACAACGGUCAACAGAAAGCUGAGUGAAGAUAUUGUGCAGGUUGAUAUAGAUGCAAUAGACGACGGCAAUAAAAGUACUAGUGUUCCUUCACCCUUAGUUAUACAGUUGGGACCAACUACAGACUUUGGAAGUAUCGGUGGAACGAGUAUUCUGAAACAAAGUGCUAGUGUGAUGAAGAGUCACGAUGGAGUUUCUGCUAGCUCCUCUGCCCAGGAUCCCAAAGAUAACUUUUCUACCUCAGGUGAAUGCUCUAGUUGUGGUAUUGUGUCAUCAGAUAAAGGAAUGAAGACACAAUCUCCACAAAUAGAAAAACCGAUAAAAGAUGAUUUGGGAGACGGAUCAGACAAACCAAAAGGUAAAUCUGGCGAUGAUGACACGAUACCUUUGGGUGACUCAAUGACCGAGUACAAUCUUGGCGUCUUUGAAGAUGGAAUGAAUGAAUCUAGUCGUUGGGACUUUUGGCUCAAAAGGAAGCAGGUUGUACUUGAAAGACCUAAAAAGUUAGGAGUGUGUGAAAAGGUGGACAUCGCUUUUGAUAAUACCUUGAAUGAUGCUCAAUCUCUAGACUCUAGCAAUGGAUUUGUCAGUAGCGUUUAUGAUAUUCCAUCUAAUUCUGUUGCUAUGGAUUCAUCUGGAUCAUCAUGUGUUCAUGGUAUGGGCUCGUCAGCGAUCAAACAGAAUGCAUCCAAAUUGACAGUGCUGGAAUCAGGUGCUCCGGAUCAGAAACAGGGUAGUAAUAUGUCUUCAGAGUCGAGUGGUCAGACUAUUCCAAGUCAGAGUGAGAAGUGUGAGAGUGCUCAAGCAGAAUCAGUUCAGGGUGUACAGGGUUUAAAUUCUAGUCUUUGUGCUGGGGAAAUGUGUGUGGGAAAUAAUCAGGGUGGUCGGAAACGGAGAAAGAAGAAAGUUAGAUCAAAGUCAAUGCCGCAUGUUCUUGUGGCUACCACAGGUAACAAUGACGAAUCUAUCACUGAGGGAUUGGACAAAGACUGUGAUGGUUUGAAGACUGAAUCUCAUAAAUCUGUGAUAAGUUCAGAAUUGCAAAAAGGUGUCUCUACUGGUUUGGUGGCAGACGUUGUGAAUGGUAGGAAGGGUAAAAGGAAACUACCUGGCGGGACCAAAAAAGGAGUGCUCAAGGCAACAAGGUUUGAAUACUUUGCUCCAGUCGACGAGUUACCAUCUCCGAAGAAAGGCUUCUCUCAAAAGGCAGAACAGAAGGAAUUCUUUGAGUGUGUGUGUGGUCAAAAGGCAACAGACUUUGAUACAAAAUUACGGGUACAGUGCAACAGGUGUGGACUCUGGCAACAUGCAGUAUGUGUGGGAUAUGAUGUGGAGGAUCCUACUCGUGGAGAUUACAAGUGCCCACAUUGCCAUGUGAUAUCUCCACCUGUCCCAUCAGGAGCAACCCUCAUCAUUUCCCCGAAUGCCAUCUGCCACCAGUGGGUCGAAGAAAUCCACAAACACAUAAAUGAGGAGAAGUUAAAAGUCUUUGUCUAUGGCGGUGUCUACAAGCACCGAUUUAUUCAGCCGCAGACCCUGGCCAAUCAUGAUAUUGUUAUCACAACAUACGAGACACUUAGCAAGGAGAUCAAUUAUGUUGACUUGCCUCACAGCAAUAGUGAGAAAGGGAGGCGGUUACGCCAUCCGAAGAGAUUCAUGGCAAUCCCGAGCCCGAUCGUUGCUGUCAAAUGGUGGCGCAUCUGUUUAGACGAGGCUCAGAUGGUCGAGAGUACUACAACCAGAACAGCAGAGAUGGCAUUGCGGCUAAGUGCUGUUAAUAAGUGGUGUGUUACUGGGACACCUAUACAUCAUGAUUUGGCUGACUUGUAUGGCCUGCUACUUUUCCUUGGUGUUGACCCAUACUGGGUGAAACACUGGUGGGAUACACUACUCUACAACCCCUACUGCUAUGGUCAGAAGGAGCCCAUGCAUCAAGCAAUCGCUAAAGUCUUGUGGAGGACGUCCAAGGUCGAUGUUAUCGAACAGCUUGGCCUCCCUACCCAAUCGGAGAAGAUACACUGGCUGAAGUUCUCGCCUAUCGAAGAACAUUUCUAUCGUCAACAGUACGAACACCAUUACAAGCAAGCAACGAAUAUGCUGAUGAAAUGGAGUGAUAAUCGUAAAAAGUUGAGUUCUCUGGACAGGCACACUCUGCAUUGGCUUCUUCACCCCCUUGUCAGUCUACGCCAAGCCUGCUGCCAUCCACAAGCUGUUAGGGGAGCUUUCCUCAAUGUCAACAAAACCACGAUGACAAUGGAGGAGAUCCUCACUCAGCUCACCAAGAAAUCCAAGACUGAAUGUGAAGAGAGCCACAGGCAGAUGGUAGCUGCCAUGAAUGGGAUGGCUGCUAUUCACAUAAUCGAGGAGGAGUAUGUAGAGGCCGUAGAAGUCUACCGUGAUGUCCUUAGAGCCGUCGUUGAAGAUGAAAACAAAAUCAGAACAGAUAAGAUCCAACAACUCCAUACCUUACACAACUUGGAUGAAAUCCUUUCACUCGGAGUCGCGGACGUUGGAAGGACGCUGAGAGAUGACCACCUCAAGCAACAGUGUAAAGAGAUCAAGGAAGAAUAUCUUGCGAAGGCUGUGGCUAGUGUUGUGGUGGCUCAUGAAGCCCUGGAGUCAGUCCAAAAGGACAUACGGGAAGUGUCGGCCGAGCUUGAAGGUGGUGUGAACUGGUGGGCUGAUGUCAUCCAGUAUGCCCUUGCUGCCGACCUUGAUGACGUUCUUGUGGACAGAGUCCGAUCAGAGCUCCAGAACACCAGCAGCCUUGGCAGGGGCAGCCUAGCAUAUAAAUUUCGCAAUGUUAAUGGAAUGGAAUAUGUGUUGAACAUCCUGUUGGAGCAACUGGAGGAAGCCCAUGACAACCUGACUGUUUCUCUGACAGAUUUGGAUGAGGAGCCGACCCCUAACAAUGUCGAGGAAGCUGUCAUCUGCUGCCUCAGGCCUGCAAGGGAAGUCAGGAAGACGUGCUGUUUCUGCAAGGCAGAUGAACUAUUCUCAGUCUACGAGUCAAAGUUGUUCUUGUUCAAGGAACAGCAAGUAUGUGCCAAUGUUCAGGAAGAUGGCAAGUACAGCGUGACCACCAAGCGCCAGGGGACCUGGGCUGACAGCGAGUUGGAGAAGGCCAUCAAGAUUCUGGCGUCGUUCUCAAGACAUAUUGCUGCUGAUGCCAGCCUUUCAGAAUAUGGUAGCAUCCACAUAAAAGUCUUCGAUGCGUUGAAGAAGGAAUUCAAAUGUCUUAGAAACAAGUGGUUAUACCUUCGUGAGCGGAUCUCUGCUAUUGACGAGCUUAAUAUGGCCACGACUCGAUACCGCUUGAGACUGCCGGGAGAGGAACGAUCUAAUCCUCCGCAGCCAAAUGUGCUGCACCCAGUUGAGGUUGACCUAACCAAGAGCAAGCUCAGUGCUGACAAGGCGAUUGCAGAGAGUGAACUGAGGAAGAAGCUUGGCCAGCUGAUCUACUUGAGGAACUUGGAGAAGGCCCAUGAUCAUUUGGAGGGUGGCUCCAAUCCUGAAGCAUGUCCAAUCUGUCAGAAAGAGCUGGGAGAUGAGUGGAGUGUGAUGCGCUGUGGGCACUUCUUCUGCAUGGACUGCAUCCACAUCAUGCUCAACGACUACAGCUCUGGCUUGCGACGAAAGUCCCUGAAAUGUGCUAUAUGUCGUAACAUUUCCCUCCACAGUGAGAUAUCCUAUGUGAGUUUGAAGAAGACUUCUAAUACAGAGGAGGGAGAGGAGUGCUUUCAAGUCAAGGGAGACCAUUCCACAAAAGUGACCGCUGUAGUUCGAUGUCUCAAACAGAUUCAACUCAAUGACCCUGGAGCAAAGGCCCUUGUGUUCUCUACAUGGCAAGAGGUUCUGAACGUCAUCGCCGAAGGCCUACGCCAGAACAACAUUGGUUUCAAGUCCCUUCAUGCUCAGAACAAAUUCCAGGCAAACCUGCACAGUUUUCGUAGUGACGACGAUGUGUCUGUUCUCUUGCUGCCCGUCCACUCUGGGGCGAAUGGUCUCAACUUGAUCGAGGCCACUCAUAUACUCCUUGUAGAACCUGUCCUAAAUCAAGCUCAGGAACUCCAAGCUAUUGGCAGGAUUCACAGGAUUGGACAAACAAAACCAACGUUCGUCCACCGCUUCAUUGUAAAGGCUACGAUUGAAGAGAAAAUGCAUAGUAUGUUGAAAUCCAUCCAGUUGCCGAUCGAUAGUAACAACGAUGAGGAAAGUAAUCUGACCAUUGGGGACUUGUGGUCCCUGUUCUCAAGGAGGGGCAUCGAGCGAGACGAGGAAAGAGAGGGUAGUGACGGUGCUGCUAGGAUUAGCAGACCUGAGCCUAGUGGCGAAUCUAGCAAUCAUUCUUUGCCUGAUGAUGAGGAACAAUCACCAGGCCCUGCAGAAGAAAUUCAAGCAAAUUUGGUUUUUGAAAGGGAACAACCAACAGAAUUGGAUCGCAUUGACGAACAGGCCAUUGACACAAUUCCGUGGGUUGGUGAGCACGUGACUAUUUGAGCUGUGUUGGCAUGACUUUCGAGACUUUGCACAGCUUUAUUGAUUUGAUUGACAGUGUCAAAGUCAGUUGGAACAGGCUGAACUAUUCUGCAAUGCGCUUCCUCCUCUGAGCCUUGCAGUGCUAUGUAAAACAUGAUAGUGAUGAAAAUGAUAAACGUAAUACAUGUAAUAAUGAUUUUACCUGGAAACCUUGGCAUUGAUCUUUUUGAUGAAACAUGAUCAUUCCUGAUAUGAUUCAAUAUCGAUGUGCAAUAAAUAACA